AUGUCAUGCACAGGUGCAUUAUUCACUCAUGGGCAGGUAGUGGAGAAGUCCAUUGAAUACAUUAUACCAGCUCAUCUUUGUUUUAUUGAUUUUCAGAAUGCUUUCAGUAGGAUUCGGUUAACAGAUGUGGUAAAACUGCUCUACAAUUUAAUAAAAGCAAUUGAAGAUAUUUAUUCCACUAACCACAUCCAGGCAAAAAUUGGUUCCAGGUUUACUAGCUGCACAGCAGUUAAUAGUAGUAUUAGACAAGGUGACUCUUUGAGCCUGCUACUUUCUGAUAUAGUCAUGGAUGAGGUGAUAAAGAAGGUAUUGGCUGGCAGUCACUAUGGAAUGGUGGGCAAAGAAAUAAAAAUUAUUUGUUUUGCUGACAAUGUAGUUCUGCUGGCAAACCGUGAAGAUAAUCUGCAAAAACUUUAA